AUGGGUAGAUAUAGUGUCAAAAGAUAUAAAACAAAAAGAAGAACAAGAGAUUUGGAUCUCAUAUACGAUGAUUUGUCAACAACGCAAUCAAUAAACAACUUAAAGAAUCAACCACUUGAUGAAUACAAACCAGGUUUAGGACAAUAUUACUGUAUAGAAUGUGCAAAAUAUUUUGAAAAUCAAAUAAGUUUGGAUCGUCAUCAAAAAUCCAAGAUUCACAAGAGAAGAGUUAAAAUAUUAAAAGAAAGACCAUAUACUCCAUUAGAAGCAGAAGCUGCAAGUGGUGUAAAUAUGUUAAAAUUCAUGGAUUCUGUUGAAAAAUAUAAACAAUUGGAACAAUUCAAAAAUGAAAAUAAACAAGAAUAUGAUAAAGUAAAUAAUCAAAAGAAAGAUACUUUGGAUGCAAUUAUAACUGGGGUUCCUUCUGAAGAAUUUCAAAAACAACAAGAACAAGAACAAGCUCCACAAGAAGUACAUACUACUGAAAUUACAAUGACAGAAUAA